UAUUCUCAUCCCUUUUUUGCAGAAAGGGUGAAAGUAGCCUUUUCAGCCUCACUGUCAGCUUCAACGGAUGUCAAAUAUAUUGGCCCUUAUGCAGAAGCAACCAAUCUUGUGUAUGAAAAUGCAUUUACUAACAUUGGAAAUGCUUAUGACAUCAAUACAGGAAUCUUCACUGCACCAGUAAAAGGAGUUUAUUUCUUCAACUUUGUGGUCUUCAAUCCUUAUGCCAUAUCGACCGGUGUGAGACUGCUAAAGAACGGCAAUUUUGUGGUUGCAGCAUCAGAUAACCCUCCCGGGCAAGACACAGAGGACACUGCGUGCAACUCUGUCACUCUUCUGUUGGAACAAGGGGACCGGAUACUUCUUCAGCUCUUACAGAACUGUCGUAUCUACACAGAUAUGUGGAAACGAAACACCUUCAGUGGACACCUUCUUUUUACCAUGUAAAGUUAUUGCCCAUGUAAUUUGGCUCAAAUGCAGUGUUUUAUUUAGAUACAAAAAAUAAAGUAGAAAAUCGAA